GCUUCACUCCCAGAGCCAGAGCCAGAGCCGCGCUGCGCCCGCCGCCUCCCGCCGCGCUCGCAGGGAGGCAGCGCCCGCGCCGCCCCCGGCGCCCAGGAGCAGCGGCAGGAGCAGGGACAGCAGCGGCAGCACCAGCAGCAGCAGCGGCGGCGGCGGCUCUGCUCUGCCCAGCUGCGCGGCGCGGAGGCUGGAGCUGCGAGCGGCGGCGCGGAGCGGCGGCUGGUGCCCGCGGCCGGGAGCCCCUUGGCCGCGCCCCCGCGGCGCCGCUGCCCGCUCGCCCAUGAGCGCCGCCGCCCUGUACAGCCUGGACUCCCCGGCAUGCUAUAAGAGCUGGUGCCUGGAGCCCGCCAACUUCUACGACGCCAAGGUGGGCAGCGGCGGCGGGCUGAGCGCCGCCUGCAAGCCCGGCGCCGCCGGCCGCGCCGGCUGCAGCAUGAGCGCCGAGGAGGCGGCGGGCGGCAGCGGCACCGACCUGGCGGAGCUCAGCGCCGCCGCGCCCGCCAUGUACGAGGACGAGAGCGCCAUCGACUUCAGCUCCUACAUUGACUCCAUGUCGGCCGUGCCCAACCUGGAGCUGUGCAACGACGAGCUCUUCGCCGACCUCUUCAACAGCAACCACAAGCCCGAGCGGGGCGCGGACUACGGCGAGUACCUGCCGCCGGGCGGCGGCGCCGGCCGCGACCCCGCCAAGGACCUCGGCGCUGCCAUGACCACCCUGCUGGGCGCUGAGCCCCGCACCGCCUCCUCCUCCUCCUCCUCCUCUUCCUCCUCCUCCUCCUCCCGCGGCGCCCUGAAGCAGGAGCCGGACUGGAGCGACAGCGACCUCUCGUCCUCGCUGCUGCCCUCGCAGAUCGCCACCUGCGCGCAGACCAUCAUGAACCUGAGCGGGCAGCCCACGCCGCCCACGUCCCCCGAGCCGCCGGGCAGCAGCUCGCCCUCCAGCUGCAGCACCCGCUCGCCGGCGCCCGCCGCCCCCGCCGCGGCGCCCGGCGGGCCGCCGCCCCCCGGCGGCAAGGAGCGCGGCGCCAAGAAGUGCGUGGACAGGUUUAGCCCCGAGUACCGGCAGCGCCGGGAGCGCAACAACAUCGCCGUGCGCAAGAGCCGCGACAAGGCGAAGCGGCGCAACCAGGAGAUGCAGCAGAAGCUGCUGGAGCUGUCGGCCGAGAACGAGAAGCUGCACAAGAAGAUCGAGCAGCUCACCCGGGACUUAACCAGCCUGCGGCACUUCUUCAAGCAGCUGCCCAGCGCCUCCUUCCUGCAGCCCGCCUCGGGCACCGACUGCCGGUAACCGGGGGGGCGCGGGACGCGAGACACGGACUGCGUGAAACGGUGGAUAAAUACCUCAGAGGGCGGCGCCGGGGCCGCGGGAGGUGCCGCGCCGCGCCGCGCCGCUCCGCGCCAGCCCGCCGGGGCGCCGCUCCCGCCUCCCUCGGCGUUGUAGCGAGAGGCGCGAUGCCCGGGGCUUUCACCACGAAACUUGCAGGAGAAGAAAAAGGAAAAAAGCUAAAUAUCUGUUGUUGUUUUUUCUCCCCUUAAAUUAUUUUUGUAAUGGUAGUUUUUUGUCUCUUUUCUACAUUUUAUUCAUACUGAUGCAGCUAUGGUACAUCUGUUAAAGUGAUUCAAAAACCCAUGUAUUUUAGACAUUAGGAUGAAAAAGACUGAGCAUGCUCGACCUUUUAUAUCAAUUUUUACAGCAUUUCUAAGAAUAAACGAGAAUAUUUUAAA